GAGGAGGAUCUCAAGUUGUUCUCCUUGGUGCAGGUUAGUUGUCAACUUGUCUUCUCACUUCUCCAGUAGAACUGAAACCUGUUCCGCUAAAGCUUAUCAUGAAUAGAAUAUUAGCAGCCAAGAGAAAAACAGAAGUUAACCAUGAUGGAUGAAGCGGUAUUCAGUUUCUGGCAACUGGUCCCCAGAUAUUAUGCCUUUGUCAUGCCCUGAUAUUAAUGAAACAGGCUGUGCUAACCAUGAUAGAAAAUACUCCCAAUAAUUAACCAAUGCAUGCACAUCACAUAAAGACAUAAGUCAUUCACUGCAACUUUGCCUCCUGGUCCAUUUAAUUUAAUUGGUAGCUUGUUAGAAACAUUUAUUCUAGCUAAUUGCAACUCAGAGUUGCUAGAAUUCAAGAUAGGUUUAUCUUCGAAGUGGAAAACCAUCCCAAAAGAGACAAUUGAUGCAUAAUCUCCUCUAAAGUUGCACUAAUUAUUAUAACGUAACAAAUGCUGGUGCAUAAUCAAUAAACCCGCAAAUGAGAAACAAAUCUUAGUGCGCAAUCAACAAACGUGUAUGAUUUUCAUUUGCAGGAAUGGACACAAGGUCAUACCGAUUAGGAUGUUUGAAGGAAACUGAUGUCUUUGAAGUAGAUUUUCCCAGUGUCUUGCAAGUGAAAGCUAGUCUUAUUCAGGCAGCCGCCAGAUCUACAGAAAAUCUUGGAAUGACUGCAAAAUCCUUAACCAGAGUUGCAGCUGAUAUAAGAGAAAAUGACUGGCUUGAAAAGCUUCAGAUAUCAGGAUUUGUGCCAGAAAAGAGCACAGUUUGGAUUCUAGAAGGCAUCCUCUACUAUCUAACACACUCCCAUGCUUUGCAAGUACUGAAGAUCAUAGCUGACAAGUGUGCCCUCACACAAACAAUUCUCUUAGCAGAUUUUAUGAACAAACCAUCAACCAUGCUGUGCAAUUCCAUCUUCCACUUUUACAGUGAUUGGCCUGAUCAUCUUCUGCCAUCACUAGGAUUUUCUCAUGUUAAUCUUUCACAGAUUGGUGAUCCAGAUGCUCACUUUGGGCUACUACAUGACCCACAAAAUCUGUUCAACAAACUCCGCAACUUGCCCAGGUCAGUACAUACCCACCCAGAUGAUGGAACACCAUGUCAUCGCUUGUAUUUGGUGCAGGCUUCUGGUUCACCAAAUCAGCAAAUUCCAUUCAGUGUCAUCUCAGUGUAGCAUAGUGACAGAAUGCGCAAACUAGCAGUCAUAGCUCAGAAGCGGGUGUCUUUAUCUGUGGCCCCGCUAAAUGGGCACAAGAUUCAUUUGAACAACAAAGAUGGCUACAAACUUUUGAAUUGUAUGGUGAUUCUUUGGGCAAGUCAUAGGCGCAUAGCCUUAUGGGUAUAUAAUACUCUCUUUGCAGACAAACUUGAGGUAAAUGUCCUGUACCAAAGAGAAACUCAUACCUUUUCUUUUCACAAUCCGAUUCUGUACAGCCUACAGCAUGAAGGGAUAAAUGUUUUCAUUAAGU